AUGUUCAAAUUAUUAAGUUUUAGUUUAUUUGUGACAACAGUUUUAGCAGCUCAAAACACAGAUUAUAAAUUCUUAGGAUGUUUUUUGGAAGAAAACUUAUUAACUCUUGGAGAAGAGAGUCGUAUUUUAAAUCCAGUAACACCUCAAUCUUGUUCAGAUUUUUGUUCUGAAAAACAAUAUACAUUUUUUAUCCUUAAACAUGACACUUGUUAUUGUAGCAAAAAUUACAUAUCAAGACUUAUGCGGCAACUUGAUUUCGAGUGUUCAAAAAAAUGUUCGGGAGAUAGUUCAGCUUCAUGCGGAGGAGCACCAAAUUUAGUGUCUUCAUAUAUAACGGAUAGUUCAAAAGCAAGCAAUUUUAUAGGACAUGGUGGUUACCCAAUACCAAUUUAUCUAGGAUGUUAUGCUGAAACUCCAAAUGAUGAUGGAAAUCGUUUAUUAAAAGGUCCAGCUGGGCCGUAUACUUAUAAUACUCCUCAGAAAUGCUCAGAAAUAUGUUUCAAGAUGGGAUAUUUAUUCUUUGGAGUUACAUAUGGAACGGAAUGUUGGUGUGGAAAUCAAAGACCAGCAAAGUCAGCAAAAGUUGAAGAUAUUAAUUGUGAUUCUCCGUGUAGUGGUGAUAGUAAACAGUUCUGUGGUGGAGGAUGGAAGAUGGGAAUUUAUUCAACAGGAAUUACAGACUAUGUACCAAAAAAAUAUAUUGGAUGCUUUGAUGAUGAUGGUAAAAAAACAAAAGGAAAAUAUUUGUCAUUUUCCAUGGAUAUCAAUAAUAGUCCUAAACGAUGCAUGAAUCUUUGUAACACUCAUAGAUUUAAAUAUGCUGCGGUUAAAGGAAAUAUCUGUGAAUGUAAAAACUAUGAACCAAGUUAUAAUUUAAAAAGAAGUUUUAGUGAUUGCAACACUUUAUGCACAGAAAACCCAUCUGAAUAUUGUGGUGGUAGUGUUACAUUUAGUGUUUACAAGACUUUAUACUCGGAUCCUCUAGCAAAAGUGUCAGUGAAUCCUAUUGGAUGUUUUACCAAUUUAAAGAGACAUCCAGUGUUAAAUGGUUGGAGAAUAUCACAUGCUCGCCUUACACCCAAACAUUGUGUAUAUAGUUGUCACACAAGAAGAUUCCCAUAUGCUGCACUUGUAUCUUCGAAAGAAUGCUUAUGCACUUCUACAAAACCUUCUUAUGAGGCUAAAACAGAGGAUGCUAUGUGUACGAUUCCUUGUUCUGGUUCAUCUCAACAUACAUGCGGUGGCAAUAAUGCUAUAAAUGUAUACACCACUGGACUAGAAUGGAAAACGGAUACAAUUGGAAAUAAUUAUCUGGGGUGUUAUGAGGAAAGUCAAAAUAACAGAAUAUUUAAUGGUUACUCACGAUCCUUUACUGUGAAUACCCCAGAAUUUUGUUCAAACCUUUGUUACAAAUUUGGGUAUACUUACUCUGGAGUAACAUAUAAAUCUGAAUGUUUUUGUGGAAGCCAAUCACCAAGUGAACCUAAGUUUCCUAGAGUGGAAGAUAAACAAUGCAAUACUAAGUGCUCAGGUGAUGCUAAUCAAUUCUGUGGUGGUGGUUGGAGAAUGGGAGUAUUUUCAACUGGAUUAAAUGAUUUUCAAGUUGAAGGUCGGCUUUUAGGUUGUUUUGUAAUGCAGGAAAACACAUUAAACAAUAUAAAAUUUGAACUUAUUAAUACUAAUAUGCCUAGUAAAUGUUCUGCCAUCUGUAAUAAUGGUGGAUAUCAAUUUUCAGGAGUCUUAGGCAUUAAUUGCUACUGUGGUAAUCGUGCGCCAGAAAAUGACCAAAAAGUAUUGAAAUCUGAUUGUGAUACACCCUGUGCGGGUGAUUCAAGUAAAACAUGUGGUGGUGAAGACAGAAUUCAAAUAUAUGAUCUCAUGAAAGUGAUUAGUAUCAACAUACCAAAUACAAAUAGUUCAAAUGAUUUGGUGGACGAAUUUGAUACUUUAAAUUUGGAAUCGAUUUGGAGUCAUGAUAUUUAUAUUGCACAAGAACCAGAUUAUGAAUUUGUUGUUUACAAUAAUUCUGAAAAGAACACAUUUAUCAAAAAUAGAGAGUUAGUAAUCAAACCUACAAUUCUAUCAGAUAAUUAUGUCAAGAAUGGUUGUUUAGUACUGAAGGGGUGUACAAAAUAUGAAGGAUCUACUGGUUGCUCUAUGAAUGCUUCAUCUUAUAAUAUAAUACCUCCAAUAGUUUCAUCUAGACUUACCACAAAAAAUAAUAUGGCAUUCCUUUACGGACAACUAGAAGUAACAGCUAAAUUCCCAACAGGAGAUUGGAUAGUGCCAGAAAUAGCUUUGGUUAGUAAAACUAAUGAACAAAACAAAUUUGUAUUGGGUACAUCAUUUGGAAAUAAUGAUUUAAAAUGUAAUGGCGAAGACGAAAGUAUUUCUGUUCUAAAAUAUGGAUUAAAAAUGGAUGAACAAUAUCAUUUAAAACCAGUUAUGAUGAAAUCAACUUUAACAAAUCGCUGGUCUGAAGACUAUCAUACAUUUGUUUUGUCUUGGUCUCCUGAAAACAUUGUAUUUAAAAUUGAUGGAGAAAGUCACCAAUUGGACACAUCAAAUCUACCAUUAGACUUAAUAUUUGACUCUGAAUAUUUUAUAUCUAUUGGUGUAUCAGUUGGUGGUAUGACAAAUUUCCGUGAUGGAUGUUUAAGCAAUAGCCACUUAAAACCAUGGAAAAACUUUGAUAUUAAGGCUAUGUUAAAUUUCUGGAAGGACAGGAAUCACUGGGCAUCCACAUGGAAUGAUGAAAAAUCAUCAUUAAAAGUUAAAAAAUUUUACUUCCACCUGACACCUCGGUUGCAUCGCUACUGA